AUGCUCUCACGUGUUGCUGCAGUGAAGGCACCCCGCACACACAACCGUCGCCGCGUGACCGGAUCCAGCGGAAGGAGGAGGAAAGGAAGAGAGAGUGAGCCGCAGAGGUCCAACAUGUCUCGGCGUGUGUUUACUUCCGCGGUGCUCCUCAUUGUUGUGAUGAUGUGCUGCAGCAGUGGAACUGUGACUGCACAAGCUAAUGAGCCAACGUCAGAUCCAAAUUAUAAAUGGAAGGACGUCAAGGAUGAGGAUGGUGGUGUAACUGUGGAAUCGUUGGGUGUUCCCGGCCUUCUAAAAGUGGGGAGUGACGUAUUUGCCGUUGCCGAGGCGCAGUGCAAAAAGAACGGUGAAAGCGACAUUUUUACUGGCAUUGCAUCCCAAAUUAUCACGAAAGAUAAAGCUGACAAACCAAUGGAAGUGUCAAAUGGAGCCGAAGAUAAGGCACAAGUUUUGGAAAAAUACCAUUCAGCAGCGGUGAAGAAAGUAGAUGUGAGCCGACCAACAACAGUUAUGCAGGGAAAUGAUAUUUACAUGCUUGUUGGAAAAUACAGUCCUACAGCUGCUGAUGAGAAUAGAGGUGCCGGUGACGGGGGAUUUUUGCUGUUGAAAGGGGAAGUUAGUGCUGACGAAAGUGGCGGUGGCAAAAGAAUCAAAUGGAAAUAUACCACCGAUGUCCCGCGGGCAUCUUUUGGCGAACUAGAUUCGUGGACAGGGUUUAUUGGCGGCGGUGGAUCGGGUAUUGAGACGAAAGACAGAACUCUCUUAUUCCCAGUGCAAGGCACGAAGAAGAAGGGUGAAGCACAAAACGAUGAAAAGGCCGUUUCGUUGCUCAUAUACACCUUGAAGGACACUAAGAGUUGGACGCUAUCGAAGGAGGUUCCUGACGGUGGCUGCAGUGAUCCCUCCGUCGUGGAGUGGGGGGAGGACAAAAAACUCAUGAUGAUGACUGCGUGUGAUGAUGGCCGCCGCAGGGUGUACGAGUCCGGUGACAAGGGGGAUUCGUGGACGGAGGCACUCGGGACACUCUCGCGCGUGUGGGGCAACAAAAAGGGUGAAGAAGUGAAGGCCGUUAGAAGCGGGUUCAUCACGGCGACGAUUGACGGUGUUGAAGGUAACAGAAAUGUGAUGCUUGUCACUCUGCCGGUAUAUUCCAAGGAGGACAGUAAAAAAGUAACGGGCAAUGGAAAGGGUGAACUCCAUCUUUGGCUGACGGACAACACGCACAUUGUUGAUAUUGGGUCGGUAUCCGGUGAUGAUGACGUUGCCGCCAG